AGCUGUUCUUUCUUCCCUUUCCCCUAACUUUAGCGGACCCCUUUUGCCCGCAGCCGCGCCACAAACGCCAUGGUGGUCCUCGAAGCUUUCGGGCUUGCCUCCAAGGAGCUCUUUGAUUACAACCGAGAAAAUUACAAAUUUGACCAGGAACAGCGACUCGAGCGAGAUAUGCAGAGAGUGGAGAUGCAGAUCAAUCGCUUUGACCUUUUUCGAGAAGACAUUGAGGACUUGGUGAAGCUCACAGUCGACAAGAUGGAUAUGUAUCACAUUGUUGGAGCACUCUUCUUGAGUUUCACCGCGCUUGUUUAUUGUGAGGGUAUCAUAGAAGGCCCACAACCAUCCUUUUUCAUGGGACUCUACUUGUUAACGGUGGCGGCUUCCUUUGUGUAUUUGCUCUUGGCAGUGUGGUUGAGCAUGUAUGCUUCGAUUGCUUCACACAGCUUUGGAGUGCGCCUCAGAACGAGAUAUGUCAGACUUCCAAUUCCCAACUUGUCCCAGAUUCAAAGCCUGACAACAAAACUGUCCGACUUUGAAAAACAAGGCCUCUCUAAAGUGAUGCGACUCCCAUUCGGACCAACACAGGAACAACAGUGGCAGUUGGAGGCACAAAGAAAAGAUGCCUCCGCUUCUCAGAGUUCAGGCAGCCCAAAGGCUUUGAGUGGACCAAAGCAAAACGCUUUACCAGAAACACGACUGGGAGUGCAAGAGGAUAAGGGUUUUGGUCGUGAAGAUCUUUUGAUGAAGGCUGCAGCCAGCGUUCCAGGGAAGCACGUGGAACUGUUCCGGAAGUUGCAGGCCAAGUGGCAGUGCUAUGAUGCUUACGCUCGGGUUUCCAUGGCUUUGGGAGUGAACCAGAUGAUUCAAUCGGUGAAUUACUUUGUGGUAGGUGUGACGAUGAUCCAGACAUGUUCGCCGAGCUGUGGCUAUGCAGCGACGAUCAUUUUCCAAUCAUGCGCCUUUGGCUUAAUGUUCCUGGACAUUGCUGGACUGAAGACCUGGCAGAUCAUGUCCUUGCAGAUUGUCGGGAGUUUGCCCAUGGUUUUGUUGGUGAUCAUGCUAACAUUUGCAAAUGUUGGCAGGGAAUCCAACGAACCAAUUGAAGCCUUGUGCUCGGCAUUCUAUGCAGCUCCUGCAUGUGCCUUCUUGGAAGCCUUGUGGUUGGAACUUUUCAUGCAGGCUGCCAGGCCAACGAAAGAUGAGGCCUCCUUGCCACGGCGAUUCCGUACCGUUCUUUUUUUGGAUGUGUUCGGUGAUGCGGCAUAUGAUCCCACAGAAGCAGAGCAUGUCACCGUGACUGCUGGAGUGGAUGGAAAUCUCGAUGAGCAGGCAGGUGAUGUGGGCAGACGAGAGGUCCAGCAGACACAAGCCGCAGCUUCCAUUCUUGCAAUGGAGAGUGCUCAGUCUGCCCUGAGAUGCUGGGAGGCUGUUCCAGAAGACUUGCUGACAACAUUUCAAGCAAACCAACUUCGCAAUUUGCGAAGUGAAUUCCUCAAGUGGCGUCAGCGCUACCACGGCUGCCUUAUGAAGUUGAAGAGCAGACGUGGGGUGCCCUAUGAUCCAAACCAUCUGGAUGCUCGUGCUUUGAGAACUUGGAACGAACUGACUGAAUUGGAACAGCAGCAGAAUGAAUUCCAUGGUGCAGUCAUUGGACCUUUGCAAAGAAGGGCAGAUGGAUCAACGCAGCACUAUGAUCUCGCACGCAAUGUUGCUGUUUGGACACUGGCACCCAGUACGAAGGUUCUUGACAUGAAUCAGGUUUUCCAGCGAGUUCAGGAUGUUGAGCACGAAGUGACUGCACUCUUAAUGGCUGAGAGAGGAGAUGUAGAGGCUAUGGGUGUCAGCGAGCAAGAUCUGGAACCCAGACCUUUCUUCAAGUCUCGCAAGCGAGUUGGCCAUCAUCGCUUACCUUGGAAGUCUGUGCGAAGGAUGACAGCUGUGUUGCAGGUUUGUUGGCUUUUCUUAGGUACAGAGUCUUUGUUGAAUAGCCUGGGCCUCUUCUCCGGCCAAUCCACCUUUGGGCGGCGACUGGAAGGGAGCGGGGACUUGCGGGAAUCGCUUCCUUUGACCAAUGUGCCCGCCCAGUGGCCGCACAGCACUUUCUUUCACCCAGCUGCACUCUAUUGCCAGGCUGGAGAUGCAAACAGCUCCACUGCCAGCAUUAUCAUUGAGAGUCCGUAUAUGCAGUAUCAAGUUCAUUUUGAUGCCUUUUCAACUGCUCAAUUCAGCCCUGUUUCAAUGGAUUCUUUCCCUGGAAUGCUGCUUUUGGACUGUGGUGCCGGAGGGUGCUCCACAGCCGAGCUGCAAGAUGGAGGCAGGGUUCUUGCAUUGAAAUGGGGUGCGGAUUCUGGUUUGACUCAGCAUCUUCCGAUUCAGGGUCAGCCAUGGAUGAAGCUUGCAGGGACCAAACUACCAUGCGCCAGUAUCAAGUUGCUGCUGUCAGACCAGUCAGGUGGAAAGGCUGACCUUUGCUACUUGCUUGCCGGAUGGGAUGGACAGCACAUUCCCCUCGUAGCAUUGGAAGUGGCCAACCAAAGUGUGCUGACUCAUGAAGUGAGACCUCGUGUGGAUGCUCCCUUAGGCUUAGCACAAGGCUUUGCAAGUCCAGAAGGCUUUUCAUGCGGACUCAUUGCCUUGCACAUGUCCCGAAACAUCCGUGGAGGGGCUCGGCUGUGGGCCUUGUUACCUGGACGGGUAGAGGCUUGGGAUUUAAGUUCUCUUGAAGCCCUUGGUGCUUGGAAAAUGGAAUCAUCUGAGCCAACUUUUCAGCCAACAAGUCUCUGUGAAGUUGAUGGACGCUUGCUACUCUCAGGCUUUGUUCAGCAGGAGCCACACCUGUUUCGCACAGAGAUUCCCCGAUUGAUCUGAAGCACAAGUGUACAGGGCCUAAAGUGGUCACCAGAAUGAGCCUUUGAUCCCAGGUUGCUGUGAU